UCAAAGCCUUCGAGUGAAGUGAAAUCUCGCGGAGAAACAGGCCGGCCAUUUUUCUUCUUUUGGAGUAGGACAGUUCACGCUCUGGCAGUGAAGCUGACAGUGUCGCGAUCACUUUGAUAAGCUUGCAACUUUUGACAAGUUGAAUUUUUGUGUCCGAGCAUCUAAAUUGACAACAAACUGGACACAAACCAUGUUUGUGUUCACCGCUGGAGAGUUUAUUCGCUGACAUCCUUCUCCGGAUAGAUGCUAGUCUAAAAACUGCCGUUCAAAUGGAAAUGGUGCCUAGCGAGGAGACCCAGUUCGUACCCAGAGAGAUCCACAAUGCAGCUGAGGAGCCCAGGGUGCUGUGCAUCAUUCAAGACACGACCAGUGCAAAGACGGUCAAUGAGAGGCUGACCCUUAACUUGCCUGCUUCCACCACUCUCACCAAACUCUACGAGGACGUCGCUCACAAAGCUGGAUAUGUAAAAGGCACUUUCGACCUCGCCUGGGGAAACGUUCUGGACAUGGCUCCACUGGAACACAACAGUGAGAUGUCGCUUUCAGAAUCCGGCUUUGAUUCUGGCGGGAAGAGGAAUUUCCUCCAACUCACGGACAAAGACGGAGAACAGCCUCAGAUUGCAUCGGAUGAGUCUGCAGCAGCAGAUAGCAGCGGGCUGGAUGACAGUUCCCAGGAGCGAUUUAUUGGUCCCCUACCAAGAGACGGCAGUGCAUGCGGUAGCGGUGACUACAGCAGUCCGUCGUACUCUUACUCGUCUAUCCUCAGCAAAUCGGAUACAGGUUAUGUUGGCUUGGUUAACCAAGCAAUGACCUGUUAUUUAAACAGCCUUCUGCAAACACUCUACAUGACCCCAGAGUUUAGAAAUGCACUCUACAACUGGGAAUUUGAGGAGUCGGAGGAAGAUCCCGUCACCAGUAUUCCUUACCAGCUGCAAAGGCUAUUCGUUUUGCUCCAGACGAGUAAGAAGCGGGCAAUCGAGACCACAGAUGUAACCCGGAGCUUUGGCUGGGACAGCAGUGAGGCUUGGCAGCAACAUGAUGUUCAGGAGCUGUGCAGGGUCAUGUUUGAUGCCUUGGAGCAGAAGUGGAAGCAAACAGAGCAGGCUGAUCUGAUCAACCAGCUGUACCAGGGGAAGCUGAAGGAUUAUGUCCGGUGUUUGGAGUGUGGUUACGAAAGCUGGAGAAUUGACACGUACCUGGACAUACCUCUUGUGAUCAGACCCUUUGGAGCUAGCCAAGCAUAUGGCAGUGUGGAGGAAGCUUUACAAGCAUUCAUCCAACCAGAAACUCUGGAUGGGCCCAAUCAGUACUUCUGUGAACGCUGUAAAAAGAAAUGUGAUGCACGAAAGGGUUUGAGGUUUCUGCACUUUCCCUACCUGCUGACCUUACAGCUGAAAAGAUUUGACUUUGACUACACCACUAUGCAUCGCAUCAAGCUUAAUGACCGCAUGACUUUUCCUGAGGAGCUUGACAUGAGCCCAUUCAUUGAUGUGGAAGAUGAGAAGUCACCUCAGACGGAGAGUUGCACUGAUAGUGGAGCGGAGAAUGAAGGCAGUUGUCACAGUGACCAAAUGAGCAACGAUUUUUCCACCGAUGACUGCGUGGACGAGGGCAUCUGCUUGGACAGCACCAGCAGUACAGAGAGGGCUUUUAAGCCAAAGAGCUUGCUGACCUUUGAGCUGUUCUCGGUUAUGGUCCAUUCGGGGAGUGCUGCAGGUGGCCACUACUAUGCCUGCAUCAAAUCCUUCAGUGACGGCCAGUGGUACAGUUUCAAUGAUCAGCAUGUUAGCAAGAUUACUCAAGAUGAUAUCAGGAAAACUUACGGUGGAUCCUCAGGGAGCAGAGGUUAUUAUUCCAGUGCCUUUGCAAGUUCCACAAAUGCAUAUAUGCUGAUUUAUAGAUUGAAAGAUCCUUCAAGAAAUUCAAAGUUUCUAGCUGUAGAAGACUUCCCAAACCACAUAAAGAGCUUGGUUCAGAAGGAGAAGGAGUCUGAGGAGCAGGAGAAACGCCAGAGGGAGAUUGAGCGCAACACCUGCAAGAUCAAACUUUUCUGUAUGCAUCCUGUGAAGAUGAUGAUGGAGAGCAAGUUGGAAGUUCACAAAGACAAAACUCUCAGAGAAGCAACAGAAAUGGCCUAUAAGCUAAUGGAGCUGGAGGGUGUUGUCCCUCUGGACUGCUGUCGCUUAGUGAAGUACGAUGAGUUUCACGAAUACCUGGAGCAAUCAUACGAAGGUGAGGAAGACACUACGAUGGGGAUUCUCCUCGGGGGUGUGAAGUCUUCGUACAUGUUCGACUUGUUGCUGGAGACCCGAAGACCAGAGCAAGUGUUCCAGCCUUACAAACCUGGAGAAGUGAUGGUGAAGGUUCAUGUUGUUGAUCUGAAGAGUGAGACCAUCGCGCCUCCCAUCAGUGUCCGAGCGUACUUGAACCAGUCAAUCACAGAAUUUAAGCAGCUCAUUGAUCAGGCCACAGGACUGCCUGCAGAAACAAUGCGAGUGGUCUUAGAGCGCUGUUACAAUGACCUAAGACUCCUAUAUGUUCCAAACAAGACUCUUAAAGCUGAGGGGUUCUUUAGGAGUAACAAGGUUUUUGUGGAGAGCUCGGAGCUGACGGAUCAUCAGGUUCCUUUCACUGACUCAUUGUUGUGGAAACUGUUGGAUCGUCACGGAAACACAAUCCGUCUGUUAGUCCUGCUGCCUGAGCAGUCUCCUGGUACCCUGGCCAUCAGACCUCUUUGCCAGAAAGGAGGAGAGGAGCCUGAUGGAGCCUUUGAGGGGUCACAGGGCAACAGGAAAUCUGUUGAGGCCAUCCUUGAAGAGAGCACAGAAAAGUUGAAGAAUCUGUCUUUGCAGCAGCAGCAGCAGCAGCAGGGCUCCAGCACUAGCGACAGCCAGAAAAGCUCUGACACCAGUGACUUUGAACAUAUUGAAUCCCCAACUCAAGACGCUGACUCAAACUCCUCGCUCUGCGUCGCCGCAGACAACAGAGAACUAGAAAACAGGAUCAGGGCUACACCUGGAGGCAGCGGCGGCACCUCCUCUGACAACGAGAACCAGUUUGCCUGUGAAGAGCGAUCAGACUCUGAGGUUAACAACGACCGAAGCACCAGCUCAGUGGACAGUGACAUUCUGAGCUCCAGCCACAGUAGCGACACGCUGUGUAACGCAGAGAGCGGCCCCAUCCAACUGGCCAACGGCCUGGAUUCACACAGCAUCACCAGCAGCCGACGCUCCAAAGCACACGAGGGCAAAAAAGAGACGUGGGACACCGCUGAGGAAGACUCUGGAACAGACAGCGAGUACGACGACAACGGAAAGAGCAAGACAGAAGCGCAAUACCUGUACUUCAGAGCAGAACCUUACUCACAGGACGACGCUUCGUGGGAGACACAAAAAUGUUUAGUGGUUUAUGUGGAUAAGAGGAUAACAUUAGCAGCCUUCAAACAGAACCUGGAACCCUACGUCGGCGUUCCCUCCACCCAGUUCAAGGUCUUUCGGGUGUACGCCAACAACCAGGAGUUUGAGAGUGUGCGGCUCAACGAAACACUCUCCUCUUUCUCCGACGACAACAAGAUAACCAUUCGACUUGGAAGAGCUCUUAAAAAGGGUGAAUACAGAGUUAAAGUUUACCAGCUGCUCGUGAAUGAACCAGAGCCCUGCAAGUUCCUUUUGGACACGGUGUUUGCCAAAGGCAUGACUGUCAGACAGUCCAAAGAAGAGCUGCUUCCUCAGUUGAAAGAGCAGUGCAGGCUUGACCUCAGCAUUGACAGGGUUCGUCUUAGGAAAAAGACUUGGAAGAAUCCAGGCACUGUGUUUUUGGAUUACCACGUCUAUGAGGAGGACAUCAGCAUUUCCUCCAACUGGGAGGUCUUCUUGGAAGUUCUUAACGAACCAGAGAAGAUGAAGUCAAUGUCACAGCUGGCUGUUCUGACACGGCGGUGGAGCCCAUCUACGAUGAAGCUGGGGUCCUUCCAGGAGGUGAUUCUGGAGAGCAGCAGCGUUGAAGAACUCAAAGAAAAGCUCAGUGAAAUCAGUGGCAUUCCUCUGGAAAACCUGGAGUUUGCAAAGGGCAGAGGAACGUUUCCAUGUGAUAUUUCUGUGUUGGAGAUCCAUCAGGAUUUAGACUGGAAUCCUAAGGUGUCGACCCUUAACGUGUGGCCUCUUUACAUCUGCGACGAUGGAGCUGUGGUCUUUUACAGGGACAGCACCGAGGAAACUCUGGAGCUGUCGGAGGAUGAGCGCAAUGAGCUGAUGAAGAAGGAGAGCAGCCGCCUGCUCAAGACCGGAUACCGUGUCAGCUAUUCUCCUCGCAAAGAGAAGGCCCUGAAGAUCUACCUGGAUGGCGGCCCCGUCAAAGACUCAGGACAAGACUGAAGCACAGAGAAAGCCCGCUCGGCUCAGCAGAUGGUCUGGUUGCUACAGGAGAGCAGCCAGACUUCAGGACUGUGAAUGUCAGGCCCAGUAGUGACAUCUAACUUAAGCAGCACUGUGAGGCCGACGUGCUCACUCUUCACUCUGAGUCUCGGGGUAGGCUCAGGAACCCUGUUGUGCACUAUAGUGUAUUGUACUGUAAAGUUCAAAGGGAUGUACAAACAGCUAAUUGCAGGAAGGAAUCAAAUGUAUUGACAAAUCAAGGAAAAAAGCUUCAGGUAUGGAUGGGGAGAGGUGGUGAAGCCGGUCGGAAAAGGCAUCUGUCGUCCCUGUGUGAGUCUCGUCUCCUUUGAAACGCCUGACACUGUGUAAUCAUCUUCCUGUUCUGGACAAGGCGUCGAUUCUGAUUCAUCUGUGGCUGUUGGAGCACAGCUCUGUCCCUUUUUAUGAUUGUGU